GUUUUUCGGAGAAUGUUACUCAAUUACAGCGGAAUUACUUAAUCUUGCCUAAUCGAAGACGUAGCAUUAUUAUUAUUUUUAUUUUAAAGUAAUAAAAGUGAUUGCUUUAGAAUCAAGGAAUGCCGCAAUGCCAUAAAUACCACCCUGGAUACGCCCCUGAUCAUCGAUCGUCUCUACAUUGUUUUUUCUUUCUUUAAAAAUUUAAAUAAGAAUAUCAAAAACUUAAACUCUUCCGUAAAUGGAAGUAUCUAAGCUAUGCCGUUUAACCUUUAACACUUUUUGCCCCCCCUCUUAGCCUCGAUUACUUUUUCGACUCCACUGCCAUCGCUGUUGCCAUAUUUAAAAUACGAUGUUGUCUUUAGAAUUUUACGUCACAUUCAUUUUCUAAAAUUACCGGAAAAAUUCAAACGAAUGCAAUGAAAUAUAUAAUUUGUUACGCACCAAAUCAUUGGUUUUUACAAAGUGUUCGAUCUCAUUCGAUUGUUUUUCUUUUGUUUAUAUAAUAAUAGAAUCUUGAAAUGGACAUGAGCAGUUCUGCUCAACACAGGUCUAAAGGAGUAUAUUUUGAUAUUCAACCUUCACAAUUACCUGUGAUCUAUUCUCCUACAUAUAAUAUUGGAUUUUUUGGCUUAGAAAAGCUUCAUCCAUUUGAUUCCGGUAAAUGGGGACGAAUCUAUCAAUUUCUUAAAGAUGGCAAGAUGAUUAUUGAAGGACAAACAGUAGAACCUGAGGAAGCAACUGACGAAGAACUCAUGGUAGUUCAUCCACAAAGUUAUCUAAAUAAAUUGAAAUGGAGUGCUUACGUUGCAAGGAUCACAGAAGUACCAUGUGUAGCCCUUCUUCCUAAUUCUAUUGUCCAAAGACGCGUGCUGAAACCAUUUAGAACCCAAACUGGUGGGUCAAUAUUGGCUGGAAAACUAGCUGUUGAACGUGGAUGGGCAAUAAAUAUUGGAGGAGGAUUCCAUCAUUGCUAUGCUACUAAUGGAGGUGGAUUCUGUGCUUAUGCUGAUAUUACUCUUACAAUUAAAUUUUUAUUUCAUAAUUUAAAUAUUAAAUCAGCAAUGAUUGUAGAUUUAGAUGCUCAUCAGGGAAAUGGCCAUGAACGAGAUUUUAUGAAUGACCGUCAAGUUUACAUUUUGGAUGUUUAUAAUAGAAAUAUAUAUCCAGGUGACAAAUAUGCUAAAGAAGCAAUUACAAGAAAAGUAGAACUAAGACCAAUGACAGAAGAUACAGAAUAUUUGGAAAAAAUUUCAAUACAUUUAGAAGGUGCUCUGAAUGAAUUUACUCCAGAUAUUAUUAUUUACAAUGCUGGUACAGAUAUUUUAGAAGGUGAUCCUUUAGGUGGAUUAUCUGUUUCAGCUAAGGGCAUCAUAGCAAGGGAUGAAAUUGUCUUCCAAAAAGCUAGAGAGAGAAAAAUUCCAAUAGUGAUGUUAACUAGUGGAGGAUAUCAGCGUGUAACAGCUCGAAUCAUUGCUAAUUCAAUUUUGAAUUUAUUCCAAAAAGGAUAUUUAAAGGACAAUUAAAAUUAAUGUAAAUAUGAAAUAACUAACAGUAGUAAUUAGUAAUCCUAAUCAGUACAAAAGAAACUUCCAUUAUUUACUAUUAUUUUUAAUAAAAAAAUUUUAAAAUUUGAAACUAAGAUAAUCAAUUAUUCAAAGUAAUUUACAUUUUUAAAAUGUCCUAUUGAAAUUUCUGAAAUUUUGUAUAUAAUGCAUCAGUAGUAAUUUGGAAUUUAUAAAUGAGCAGUUUUUCUUAUUUAGUAUAAUAUAAAUGAAGGGUUUAAAAAUUAAAAAGAUGCAUUUGAAAGAUAUGAAUGAAAGAAUUAGCUAUAUAGUGAGAUAAUUAAAUCUAAUAAUAUGAUAAAGAAUGAUAAGGCAUUUGGAUGAUGAUUUUUUUUUUAAUUAUAAAUAUAUGUUACAUAAAAUUUAUAGUUUUAUUGUUUAAAAUUUUGUUAUGAAAUGUAAAUAAUCUUUUUAAUUUGUAUGUUAUAUAUUUUAAAUUAGUUGAAAAUAUCAUAAAGAUGCAUUUGUUAUUUUUUAUGAUUUUUAGGAUUGAAGUUGAAAAUCUUACAAGGUUUAUUUAAAUACAUUUAAGUAUUUCAAUUUCAUGUCCAUAUGACAUAAGUGCCUCUAUAAGAAUGAUUAUAAAAAGUUAAUUUAUAUAUUAGUCAAAAAUAGUUCUUAUAUUAUUUAUGCUAAUUUUUAAAAUUGUUACAUUUCUAGAAAUAUUUUUACUGAAAUUAACAGUUUUAUUAUUAUUAUUAUUAAUUUAUUUCUGUUAUUGCUGUAUAAAUUUCAAUUUCAAUUUAGAAGAGCUUGUUAAUACAAGAAAGGCUACAUAUAAAAUUUUCUAGCAUAUAUCAAAUUAAUAUUUAAUAUUAUAUAAAGUUUGUUUAUAUAUAAAUGUUGUUAAUUAAAUAAAAAUAUUUAUAAUUUACACUUUAAUCAUCUAUUUUUAUAAGAAUAAAUAAAUUCAAUAUAAUGUGUGUACUAAUGUUUAAAAUGUGGAGUUUUAUCUACAGAAUUUAGUGUAUUGUUCAUGGUGCUUGAAACAUUUUGAAAAUAUAUAAAUAUUAAUUCAUCUCUUAUUUAUGAAAACUGGCUUCUUGAAUAAUUGUGAUGUAAUAAACAUCCUGCCAAUCUAGAAGUCAAAAUUUCUAUUUAUAUUCUAUAUUCUUAUAUUUAAAAAUUGAUUCUGCAUUAAUCAUAGUUCGUACCGUAUAAACAAUAUUGUAAGCUAGUAAAUUGUUCUUUAUUUUUCAUAAGUUUUGCAAAAGGCAAAAUAAGGUGCCAAAGAUUAAAAUGGAAUAAUUAGACUGCUGAAACAUGUUGAUUGAUAUUGAUACAUUUUAUGAAAUAUUUUAUUUUAAUAUAAAUAUAUUUCAAAUAAUAAACUUCUUUUUCUGUUUUCCACAUUACUA